AUUGCCAAGCGAUUUUUGUCAAAAUUUCCAAAGAAUAAAACCCCAUUAUUUGGCCAGAUCAAAAUUGUAUGUUAGCUUUUGUGGCCCAAUGGCGUUCUUGCUCCUCCGAGUGGCCCUGGUGGCCGGAGCGGUUUAUGGCACCCAUGAGCUGGGAAUAUGGGAGAGUUCUCGGCACACGCAAGAGCUGUUCGAAGGCGCCAAACGGGAGGUGAGUCCCAUCACCGCGGUCCUGAUGAACCGAUUUUGCUGCUGGCGCUGCGAGAAGUGCGACCCGGAUGUGGAGGUCAAGCCCUGGCGGGAGUCCAUGGUGGAUGCCUGGAACGAGUCGGUGAAGAAGACCUUUAACGCCCUGGGCGUUCAAGUGCCCAAAUACUUCAAACGCUUUUCGCAAGAUAUGCAGCAGGGAUUCGACGACCUGGUGAACAACAGUGGAGACUGAUUUAAAGGUAUUAGACAAAUUCUUAUCGGGGAAAACACAAUAUAUUUGGAACAGAAAAAAAUUGUCAAUAAAAUAUGGACUUUUCAAUAAUUUUUAAUAAAACAUUUUAUCAAAUUUUCUCAAU